UAGGAAUAGCGAUAGAAGGUGGAAUUUCCGCAGGCGGCGGGUUGCCGUGAGGGAAAGAGAGACGGCAGUGGCGGGCUCGCGGAUCGAGAUAUCUUAAUGGCAGUGCCUAUUUGGUGAUACACCAGCUUUUCCAUGUCAUUUUUGAGGUGGGUGUCUGAGAAACUGAGCGUGGAGAGCCUGCAGGAUGUGGGACUGUUUGGUGAGCGACCUCAGGCGGAAUAUCACAAAAAGCCAGAUGAACACCCAUCAGAAAAUAGUACAUCUCCCCAGAGCUGGGAUACCGUGAACCACUUCCCAGCAGACAGUAAUUCGUAUGAGUUGCUGACUGCAAUAGGUAAAGGAUUUAAUGACGUUAUGACUGUGACCUUGGGGAGGUACAAGCGGACUGGUGAGCAGGUGGCUGUUAGAAGAAUUAACUUGGACAACUGCACCAAUGAGAUGUUUGCUUUAUUACAGGUAAGACCUUUUUUCGGUGAAGGAUGCCAGCUGAAUGGCCACUUGAGCACAUAUGGUGUUUGUUUACCCAGAGACACAGAAGGGGACAACCAAUUUGAAUACCUCUCCAGGAGUCUGCUUCUGGGCCUGGCCAAGAUGACUAUAAACAAGUCCUGGCGUUUCCUCCCUUUCAGGAGUGUUCAAGCAAGUCACAUUCUAAUAUCAUCAGAUGGACAAGUUUAUCUAUCAGGACUCCGCAGUAUUUUCAGUAUGAUCAGCCAUGGGCAACGGCUACGGGUGAUCCACGACUUCCCAAAAUACAGUGUUAAGAUAUUACCAUGGCUAAGUCCUGAGCUGCUGCAACAGAAUCUGCAGGGUUAUGAUGCCAAAUCUGAUAUUUACAGUCUGGGAAUAACUGCCUGCGAGCUAGCUAAUGGACAUGUUCCCUUCAAAAAUAUGCCUGCAACUCAGAUGUUGCUUGAGAAGCUGAAUGGUACAGUGCCCUGCCUCCUGGACACCACUACUAUCCCUGCAGAAGAGCUGUUGAUGACAAACUCUCAGUCAGCAGUGGAUUCAGGCAUCGUGGAGAGCUCUGCUGCUUGUGGAACACGAACCACAAAUGGAGAACAGGUGCAACAUCCAUACAACAGGACCUUCUCUGGGCUCUUUCACAACUUUGUGGAGUUGUGUUUACGGCGGGAGCCUGAGCAGAGACCCUCAGCCAAUGCAUUGCUCAACCAUUCAUUUGUGAAGCAGCUAAAGCGUCGGGUGGUGGAGGUGCUUCCUGACCUGCUUCGACCCGUAACCCCUAUGACAGAUCUGAAAGGAACUCACCCACAUGAGUUGCGAGGAGUGGCCGGACUGACAUCCAGCAUGGAGCAGCUGGAUCUGGAUGAUUGGGACUUCUGAAAGUGGAGACCAUGCAAAAAUAGCAGCUGCAUGAUGCUGCUAGUCUUUCUUUGUAUUUUUUUUUACAUAAAAAGCUAACUUCAUUAACUUACAAAUGUUAGCUCGGAUCCGGCGACCUGUGUGAUCGAAGCUGAAUAAUGUGCGUGCCCUUUGAACCAGCUCAGGUGGAUCAGGGACCACCAUCUGAACGUUGUUGCUCAACUGAACUUGAGAGAAGUCAGAUCAAAACCUUUGCCCUUUUGCUAUAAAUGUACCAGCAGUCAGUGAAUCACGGAUGCAGGUCUGCUGCCUUUGCAUCCUUAUCACAGUGGAGGGGAUACGAUAUCCUCUGAUAUUUCAUUACCAUCUUAAAUGAAAUCCCUUUAUACCUGAAUUGUUAUUUAUUCAGACUCAGUCAAUAUUAAAAUAACAUUUGGAUAUACAUGCGUGGAACCAUUAUAUAUUGAACAAGUCCCAGAUGUGCUGUUAUUGUUUGGCUCCUGCAAAGGAGAGGAUCCAGCUGAAAUUUCCAAUUCUGUCAGGUUAGUUGAUUGGCUUUAUUUCAUCACACAGCUUUAGGACCCUGGAUGAUUUUCUAGUCAGUUGCUGGAAUUUUGCCUUGAUUGCUGAGUCAAAUCCAAAUAAAUAAUGGUAGUUAGCAGAGCAUGGCCUUAACUCAGCUGUGAGACACAGCCUCACAAAUUAAGAGAUAGUAGGAACUGCAGAUGCUGGAGAAUCUGAGACAACAAGGCGUAGAGCUGGAUGAACACAGCAGGCCGAGCAGCAUCAUAGGAGCAGGAAGAAGCAUUUCUGAAGAAGGGUCUAGGCCCGAAACAUCAGCCUUCCUGCUCCUAUGAUGCUGCUUGGCCUGCUGUGUUCAUCCAGCUCUACACCUUGUUGUCCCACAAAUUAAGGCUGGGUUCACUAUUACUCCCAACAGAACUAGAACAGGAGUAGCAGCAAUGGCAGUUAUAGUUUUGAUGAAUCAGGGUCUCUUCUCAAAAAUCUCCUUCUCAACUGUCUAGCUCAGCCACAGUACAGAGAAUUGGACGUCAUUUUGUGGUGUAACCCAUCAUUUUGAUACCCCAGUCAGAGUCCUCCAAAGGAUCUGAGCUGCCUCAGACCCUGCAACUUAACCAGAUUUUCACAAUCCCUUGAAAUUCACACAAAGCUGUCUGACAUUCCCAGUCUGGACAAGUAUGAUCCUCCACCCCUCCAGGAUUGCACUGGAGUCUGUGGGAAUUAUAGUUUAAUCUCUUGAACACUGCUAAGAGAAACCCACAGAAAACGAAAUUUGAUAAUAAACCUGAAAGGUGUCACUGGAAGUGAUUAGUUUUUUUUUUAAAUUUUAGCUGCUUGACCAAAACGAAGUAUCAAGGAAUUUCACAAGAUUUUCACUGGGAAAUAUAGCAUGAUGUGAAGCAGAAUUUCAACCUCUACCAGACAUAAAACUGUAUCUGGGCACAUUGUAUUGAAAACCUGAGGUUUUCAUUUUCACAAAUAAAUGAGAGUUGUUUCAGUCA